CCCAUUUCCUUUGUGGCAGAGAGUGGGUGCAGGGGACAUUAGUCUGUUGGUGGGAGAAGGAAGUCAGAAUAGAGUUAUUGUGGGGUAGGUUUGUUGAGAACAGAUAUCAAAGACCAGCUUUUCUGAGAGAAAGAAAUAACAUCUGCAAACAAAAUGCUGUUUCUGCAACUUUCAUUGCUACUUCUUCUCUUUCCAGGUGGUGACAAUGAAGAUGCCUUCCAGAAACCUAUCACUUUCCACAUCAACCAGAUCACCUACAUUUACAACCAUACCUGUGCAGGAACUCUGAUCUCAGGAUGGUUGGAUGAGUUGCAGACUCAUGGCUGGGAGAGUGACUCUGGCACCACCAUUUUCCUGUGGCCCUGGUCCAGGGGCAACUUUAGCAACAAGGAGUUAAGGGACACAGAACAACUAUUCUGUAUGUACUUCAUUGGAUUAGUUCGGGAAUUUCGAAACUAUGCCAGUCAAUUUCAGUUCAAGUAUCCCUCUGAAAUACUGAUGAUGGGAGGCUGUGAGCUGCACUCUGGGGAGACUACAACUGGCUUCCUGCGGGCAGCUUAUCAAGGAUCAGAUUUCCUGAGCUUCCAGAACAAUUCAUGGGUGCCAUCUCCUGCAAGUGGAAUUAGGGCCCAAAGUGUCUGCUCACUACUCAACCAGUACCAAGGCAUCAAGGAAAUAGUACACGGCCUCCUCAGUGACAUCUGCCCACGUUUCAUGUUGGGUAUUUUAGAUGCAGGAAAGGCGUAUCUUCAGAGACAAGUGAGGCCACAGGCAUGGCUGUCCAGAGGCCGCCCUCCUGGUCCCGGACGUCUGCUGCUGGUUUGCCAUGUCUCUGGCUUCUACCCCAAACCUGUGUGGGUGAUGUGGAUGCGGGGUGAGCAGGAACAACCAAGCACUCGCCAAGGUGAUGUCCUGCCCAACGCUGAUGGAACAUGGUAUCUUCGGGUGUCCUUGGAUGUGGCAGCUGGGGAAGCGGCUGGCCUGUCCUGCCGGGUGAGGCACAGCAGCCUAGAUGGCCAGGACAUCAUCCUCUACUGGGAGCAUCACAGCUCCAAGAGCUGGAUCUUCUUGGCAGUGAUAUUGCCCCUGGUGCUCCUGACAGGCCUUGUAUUUUGGUUGAGGAAGCGCUGGUCAUAUCAGAAGACACAGAGAGCCUCCUCUUAACCUUCUUCCUUUGGAACAGGAAACCAGCAGCCCAGGUGCUCAGAAUACAGCUAAACGUGAUGUGGUCAUGGCAACCUUUCAACUUUCUAUGUAAAACUUUUUUUGUUUAUUUCUGCUUUAUGAUAGGUUGUCAAUAUAAGUUAAAGUAAUUUUAUAGGAUUUGUUUUUCUGACCUAAGUUAUAGAGUUUUACAAUUCAGGUUUUAACUCUGAAUGGAAUGGGAUCCUAGCUACCCCAUAUUAAAAGAUGAAUUGAUCAUCAAGACCAUUUCAGAUGUCACUUCCUUGAGAAGCCUUCCCUGAUUCACAAGUGGGACACAGAUGCUCCUUUGCCUGAACUUGAGCUGUAGUUUGCAAAAUAUACUCACUUCAUUCUGUUUGUUAGUUAUUUAGGCCCCUUUUCCCCUUCUAAUUUUUAUGCUCCUCCAGGGCAAAAUCCAAGUCUUCUUAAUAUGUUUCCCUAGCAAAGUGUCUUACUUGCGUGUAGUGUGGUCUCAAUAAAAGCUUGUGUUGAAUUAUG